AAGAGAGAGAGAGAGAGAUCGGCUUUCUGGAGAGGUCUAGAGACACUCAGAACCAUCCUCUUGUUUCUACCACUGAAAUCCCUGGAAAUUUUUUUUUUUUUAAAUUUAUUUGUUUUGUUAUAAAAAUUAUAUAUUUUAUUUUUUUUAUAUAAAGAGCCAUGUCCGUUUGUCUUGUUUUCUCUGUCUCUUCGUCUUCUACUUUUACGAAGCUGCAUACACAGUGAUCAGAAAGCUAGGGUUUCCGAUUUGUCAGAUUGUUUAGAAUUUGGUUUCCUAAAGGAAGAAAAAGAAAAGGGCUUCUUUGAAAAUUGCAAUGGAGGGGUAUGUGGUAAUGGGAAGGGGAAAAGGGAUGGGCAUGGCGACGAUGAGAACCAAGUUGAAGAGGAAAGAGGUGGAGGAGCUUGAUCAAGUCAGCCAUGACUUCUCUGAUUUUUCUCUCUCUUCUCCCGCUAGAAAGAUUCGCCGUCUGGAUGCUGAGUUACCGCCAAUCAUGGAAGAAGAAGAGCCCGAAAUUCUCCCUCCUUUUUCGUCUUCUUCUUCUUCUUCUUCUUCUCCUUCUGUUGGGGUUGGAGAAGGUAACAACAGAAGAGGUGGUUUGGUAAUUGAGGAGUUGAACUGUGAUCCGGACCCAUCACCGCCCUGCAAAGAAGACAAAGCAAUCGUUCUCUUCAACCCUGCAAAUCCUCUUCUUAUCCACCGUUCACCUUCUACUCUCUCUUUCUCCGUCGACUCUGGAAUCAUUUCUGGCUUCAAAGAUCAAUUUAUAAGGUCUACCCAAUAUGGGCAGCAGAAGUCGGAUGAGGAAGAUGAAACGGUGAGCAACAGCAAUGAAUGCAGAGCAGUUGUUCCUUAUGCACCGUCCCAAUUUCUUCCUCCUGGUUCAGGAAUGGAGGUUUCCCAAGCAAUGACAGAGCCUCCUGAGGAAUUGAUGGAAGGUGGGGAUACAAUGGAGAUUGAAGAAGGCUUGGGUAGCUUACCACAAGCACAACCCAAUGGUGGGUUUGGUGGGAUGGGUUUGCAUCAAUGGCAGCAACAACACUGCAUGAUUCCACAGCCACCACAGCAAACCUCCACACCCAUCACAUGGUUCAGAUAAGCAGAAGCUGUAACUUUGUAGCCUUGGGAUAUGAGAGAUAGCCUCCAAUUUCUCUCUACUUUUUUUUGUUGUUAUUUUUACACGGGUAGGAAGAACAUGGGGGGCGGAAAAUUGGGUUUUGUUGGUCGUUUUUAGUGUUUUGGAUGGCCUAUGCCUUGGAGGGAAAGUGAAGCAGUAAUGUCUUUGAAGAUAGAAACUUGUAGAAAGAAUAUUAAUAGCAAUGUACGAAUUCCUUUUUCCAUUCAUGAUGACAUGAUCGUUACGCUCUUUUGUGCCAAUGAUCCUCAUGUAUGAUAUGCUAAUACUAUACUUGAUUUUGGUUUUCUGGUUUUA